AUGCAAUAUCCGCAGCAUUUUCUUGAACCAUCGGAGCAUAGUUCAUGUAUUAGAAAUACAUUAGUAACAGUUUGUAAAGGUCAAAUAGUGGCCUAUUAUAAUGGUAAAACUUUUUCAAGAUAUGUUAAUUAUACAUUUGGAACAACGCAUGAUCCAUUAGAAACAAAAUACGAAAAUGAUGUUAAUAAUCAUGGUUUACAUACUUUUAAUAAAUAUCAAGUUAUUGUUAACGCAACAAAUGAAGAAUCAAUAAUUAUAGCUGAUAUUUAUUGUACAACAAUAAAUGACUGCGCAUUAUAUGAAAUAAAAAGUUUAUUUAUUAAAUAUAGCCAUCAACCAAAUCCAUUCUAUGAAUUAAAACCAUUAGUUUAUACUAGUCCAUCGCCGAAAAAACUCUCUUGUUAUAAUGUUUCAAUUGAUAAAAGUGAACAAUGUAGUGCGUCUAAUGAUAAUCCUGUUUGUGUGUCAUAUUUCAAAGAUUUCAAACAGGAAUGUUCAUUCUCAACCGAUAUUCAUCUACACGAAGAGUUCACUGUCACAAUCCCGAGUUCUCUUCAAUUCGAUCGGAUGAAUGAACUAGUCAAAUGUAAUAAAGAUAAUUGUAAUAGCAUGGCAGCAUUAUCGAAAAUUCAAGAUAUAGCAAAACUUUACGCCUACGGCAUUGUUACCAAGAGAAAUAAUGCGGAUAGACCAUGUAGAAUCAUGCAUCAAAUGUUUUAUGUACUCUUAUGUGUGGUUUUUAUAUUUCGAUCUAUAUAA